UGUUGACAAAAUAUGGGUCAGUGUACGAAAAUGGCUGCGUCCUUGUCAUAUCGAUGGUGUAUCAAUCAGUUAAGACUAACUAAUUCUUUAUUAUGUUCUAAUUCACGAUUAUUUUCUGUUAAAAAUGAUGGAUCGCAUAGUUCCAAUAAGCUAGAUACAGAAGAAACUGUAAAAACCACAAAAUCGGACUGUAGUAACGAAGCUUCAAUAGAAAAUCAAUCACCCGUUACACCGAGUUCAAAAAACUUUAAAAAGUUCGCUGCCAGCAGUGCUAGUGCAUCGGAACAGGCUCUGGAUAAAUUUGCUAAAGUUAUAGAAAAAGUAAAGGCGGCACAGGAAAAUGCUAAGCAAAAGGUUGAACCCAGUACUCCAACUGUUGAUCCAAAUGAAUCUUUUGCCUCAAUGCUUAGAAAAUCACAUUUUGUAUCACUUGGCGAUGUUGCAGGCAGACUUGUGGAAGGCAAAAUUUUUGAAGUAAUGGGAGAUGAUUUAUACAUAGAUUUUGGUGGAAAGUUUCAUUGCGUAUGUCCUAGACCCAAAAAUAAUGGCAAUCUGUAUCGCAGAGGAACCAAAGUUUUACUCAGUCUUCAAUGUCUUGAGAUGAGCUCAGCAUUUUUGGGAUCAGACGUUCAUGUUACACUUCUGGAAGCAGACGCCACACUUUUGGGACUCAGCAAAAAAAGCAGGUUGACAAGUCCAUCCCAGCCUUUGUAAACAAUCUUCUAUAUUUCUGAUACUGUAUUGUAAUGUUAGUGUAGCAUCAUUCAGAAUUACUGUUGGUGGAAAUUACUUUUUACAUUUCUAUUGCUCUUUAAAUUAAAAAUUAAAUUAAGUACACAGAGUU